AAAUAAAAAAUAAACCAAAACAAAUCCAAAUGGCCGCAGCACCGAAUGAAGUAAUAACAGAUCAAGCAAUUGAAAAAUUAAACACUCCAAAUAAAGUUCUAAUUAAGGAGAAAACAGGCUUUAGAUACUUACUAAGCAAUAUUACUAUAGAGCCCGUGGCGUUCAUGUUUAUGUUCGCUAUGAUACUAUCAGACAUUUCAACACAGACAUUAGGCUUAGAGAAAACUUGCCGAGUAAGCCUCAGACUAGACGAUCUGAUUUGCGAUUCACUGAGAGUGCAAAACCAAUCGAAUAACUUCACUGAUUACGAGAGAAUGGUCCAGGAGCAUUAUUCAGUUCAGCUAUUGUGGAAAAGUACUUUGCAGUCAGUAUUACCGCUCCCUAUGCUGCUGUUUGCUGGAGGCUGGAGCGACAAGACAGGCAGAAGAAAAGCCAUCAUUCUAGUUCCCUUAGUCGGGAAAAUUUUCCAAAACAUCAGCAACCUUUUAAAUGUGAUAUUCUUCUAUGAAAUUCCUCUUGAAGCUCUAAUAUUUUUUGAUACAUUCUUCCCGGGGAUUACUGGUGGUAUCUCUGUUAUAUUCUUAGCUCUGAUUAGUUACGUCUGUGACAUAACAACCACGGAUAGUAGAACUCAGAGGUUAGGAUUUGUUAAUGUGCUUACAUUUUCUGGGAUGCCGUUAGGUUUGGCAUUUUCGGGGAUAAUUUUGAGGUAUUUCGGGUAUUAUGCUAUUUAUGGAUCAGCUUUAUUUUUGCAUCUCUCAAAUGUUUUGUAUCUGACAUUCAGGAUUAAAGAUCAGUUGAGAACUAAAGAACAAAUUAUGAGGUAUGACAACAAAGGCUGGAUCCAAUUUGCAAAAGACUUCUUCAAGCCUAAAGCUGUGACAGAUUGCUUCAUGGUGUUAUUCAAAAAGACAAAAAACAAUCGUCGCAUUUGUUUAGCCAUUAUAUUUAUGAUCGCUUGCUUGCUGUACGGACUUAUUGAAGGUGAAAGAGCUGUUCUAUAUCUGUUUGUAAGAUACAGAUUUAACUGGAACGAAAUGCAGUUCUCAUUUUUUCAGACAUUUAACUUUGCUGCCACAAUCGUUGGUACAAUAUUCUCCACUGUAGUUUUAAGCAAGUAUUUGAAAUGGCACGACUCACUACUCGGCAUCGUGUCGACGACAAGUAAAAUUACUUCAUCGUUCGUGUAUUGCUUCGCCCCAAACGUGCAAAUCUUUUGUGUGGCACCCAUCGUAGAUAUACUGAGCACAACAUCAAUGCUUGUAAUAAGAUCGAUAUCCUCGAAACUGGUGGAAUCGAACGAAAUAGGUAAACUAAAUUCAAUAGUCGGCCUGAUUGAGGUAUUGAUGCCGAUAAUGUUCGUGCCAAUGUUUACGCGAUUGUACACGGCUACUAUGGACGCUCUGCCGGGUGCAGUAUUCCUGCUUGGAGGGGCACUCACUCUUCCUGUCGCCUUCGUAUUCACGUGGCUGUAUUCCCGACAUAGGAAAGAAGUACACACCUAAUGAAAUACUUCUUACGUAGAACAAAAAAUGCCACUCUUAAAUCCCUUUCAUCAAUUCAAAUACGAAUUAUCACGAAAUUGAGGCAGAACACUUUUCUCGAUCUUAUUUAUCAAAAGCUACCAGUGUAUGAGACUUUCUUCGAUUUUCUACUUACUACUAUUUACCUAUUUUGGCUACCAAUCUGCCAGUAGAGGCUAUUCUGCUUUCAUCAUGACAGGUGGAGAAUCACUACCCACUGAGAAUAUCUGGUGAGAAACUGAGCGGGUUGGACCUUUGGGUUAAGUUGCACGUCAAGGAUGGGUACCAUUGCUUGAAAUGCCCAAAAUCACAGAGAAUAGAUCGAGAGGAUCAGAAAGAGCGUUUAUAGAGCGACGACGAUUUGUUCGCUGACGCGUCAUCUUGUUCAAGAGCUUAAUUUACGACGACUGCGACUAGAAGGUUAACAUUCCGUGCUUUUGGAAGAAGCCUUUUGAUGCUGUCUUGCGAUACUUACUAAUGAGUUCUCGGUCUAAAUUGUCAUGAAAUUUAACAUUCCUAACAAAUGACGGUGCUCCGACGGAUAUUCUGCAAAAACGGACAUUUUUUCCAUCUAUAGUAGUCUUAGCCUUAUUUUCCAACUGUGCAUUGCCAUUGUUUGAUUCUGUACAGAAAAUAUUCAUACCACUGUCUUGUCUUUGAACGGUGAAGUAUUUAUCAGUUGCGGCGUGAUAUUUAGCUGGAAUAGCGCUAUUCCUAUGCAACUGUGACGUACAACUGAUCAAGGAAGUGGAAACUCCCUUUAUAGUGCCUCUGAGCUCCGGAAACCGUC